UGUAAAGCCAACGGAGAUUUGAAUUAUGUGCAUAACAUUUCCAUUAUACUUAAGAUACCAUGUGUUUAAGAUAAGCUAGAAGAAUUCAUAUAAUAUCGGAUUUACAACUGUAAAACAAGGCUGCUGAACACUAAGCAAGAUUGCAUUUAAAAAGUGAAAUGGAUUUCCGGCUGUCGUACCUAAAGGUAACAACAGAUAAAGAUGACCCCUCAUGCAAUUUGAACUUACAUUGGAGUUAAAUGUCCAGGUUUAAAGAUGUUAAAAAACAGGAAUAAAUGAAGUAAAUUGACCGAACGUGGACGUAACACUUUGGAUUCUGUUGUUCAAUGAUUUCCUAAACAAAACAUGGGUACUCCGUUGUAUGAUCCUAAACUAUCAGGAGCCAAAUUCAAGAAUUGGAUUAAAGCUGGAUUAGGUGUGUUAUUUACCAAAGAAGGUAUUGAGCCUUUUGUUCAUGAUGAAAUAAAACAGUUCCAGCAGAGAUGUUUGAGCGACAUUUGCAACAAUAAUGGACUUGUUGCUGGUACCACGUGUUCUAGUUGUUGCACAGAAAAUGUUGUUGUUUGUCCCUUGGAUAGGAAAUGUAAUGCAAGCCGUGGGAUAUGUAACUUCCAUAGAAAUUCAGCAACGCAAUAUCUCCCGCUUGGCUGCCCUAACAAUAUAUGUCAUAAUUUCAAAAGCAAGAUCCAGCAUGCCCAUCGAUACUUUGGUCCAUCCUAUAAAAACACUGAUGCUACCAAGUGGUGCAGUAACCCAUGGGAAGUUGCCAAAUGUUUCAUGCCACCUGACGGAUACAAGGAUGCGACGAACAAAGCAGAGACAGAUUUCAAUGGAAUCAUCAGUGUUAUUAUGAACCAUAAGGCAUUUCAAACGAAAAUUCACGACGACCUUUCCAAAACGUCCAACAUCUUUGAACAGGGUAGAGAGGUGUGCAAAACAGUUCGACAUUCCCCGCAAUUAGAGAUUGAAGAUAUAGAUCUACAACAGUAUUUUAGUGUCUUACAGAAUCUGCUGUCAGAUCCUGCAUAUCUGUCUGCUAAUACCGAUGCGCAGAAUGCUAAAACGAAAUUAUUACAG